AUGGGUUUCGCUUUAAAGAAACCGAAAGAUGUCCCCGGCCGAUCAUGGCCUGCCAUUAUGAUUGGCUUCUUCGUUGCUUUCGGAGGAGUACUCUUUGGAUAUGACACCGGGACGAUUGGUGGGAUUCUGGCGAUGCCGUACUGGAAACAAGAGUUCUCUACCGGCUUCGUGGACGAUCAAGGGCCGAAUGUCACAGCUUCGCAGACAUCUCAAAUCGUGUCUAUCCUUUCUGCGGGAACGUUCUUCGGUGCUCUCAGUGCAGCCCCACUUGCAGACUGGCUCGGACGUCGGUGGUCGUUGAUCUUCUCUGCUGGAGUUGUGUUCAAUCUUGGGGUCAUUCUUCAAACUGCCGCUACUGCAAUCCCUAUGUUCACAGCAGGGAGGUUCUUCGCGGGCUAUGGUGUCGGCCUGAUUUCAGCCUUGAUUCCUCUGUAUCAAUCGGAGACCGCACCAAAGUGGAUCCGAGGUGUCAUUGUUGGAUCCUACCAGUUUGCCAUCACAAUCGGUCUUCUUCUAGCUGCCAUUGUCAAUAACGCAACUAAGAAACAAAACAAUACUGGCUCUUAUCGCAUUCCAGUCGCCGUCCAAUUUGCAUGGAUGCUCAUUCUCAUUGGUGGAAUGUUGAUUUUACCAGAGACUCCUCGAUUCCUUAUUAAACAAGGCAAACAUGAGCAGGCUUCUCGAUCUCUUUCCAAACUUCGUAGACUUCCUGGGGACCAUGAGGCUAUUCGAGAGGAGCUUGCCGAGGUUCAAGCAAACCACGAAUAUGAGCUUUCUUUGGGCAAAGCAGGCUACAUCGACUGCUUUAAGGGAAAUGUAGGAAAGAGGCUCUUAACAGGCUGUGGCCUUCAAGCAUUACAACAACUUACCGGAAUCAACUUCAUUUUUUACUACGGUACCGCCUAUUUCACCAAUUCUGGAAUCAAAAAUCCCUUUGUUAUCUCCAUGAUUACUUCAGCAGUUAAUGUUCUCUCAACUCUCCCAGGCCUCUACGCCAUUGAUAAAUUUGGCCGCCGACCACUCCUCCUCGCCGGAGCAAUAGGAAUGUGUGUCUGUCAACUCAUCGUCGCAUCUCUUGGUACCGUCUACAGCGGUCAAGAUCCAGUCACAGGAAAGUCUUUCUCUCUCAACGACGACGCCCAACGCGCCGCCAUCGCAUUCGUCUGCAUCUACAUCUUCUUCUUCGCCUCCACCUGGGGCCCCAUCGCCUGGGUCGUCACCGGCGAGAUCUUCCCCCUCAAAGUCCGCGCAAAGUGUCUCUCCAUGACCACGGCCACCAACUGGCUCCUCAACUUCGCCAUCGCCUACGCCACCCCCUACCUCGUCAAUUUCGGCCCCGGCAACGCGAAUCUCCAGUCCAAGAUCUUCUUCAUCUGGUUCGCAUGCUGCUUCUUGUGUAUCGCCUUCGUCUACUUCAUGAUCUACGAGACCAAGGGUCUUACGUUGGAGCAGGUCGAUGAGCUCUAUGCUGAGGUCAAGGUCGCUAGUAAAUCGCGCUCGUGGGUCCCGACGACUACGUUUAGGGAUAUUAGGGCUAGUAAGGCGGAGCAGGGUGGGUUGGGCUCGGGGGCUUAUGAUGAAAAGCAUGAGAAUCAGGUUGUUCAUGAGUCUUCUGCUUAG